UUUUCUCGCGGUUUUUAUUUUCUUGUCCUCCAUGAUUCUAGGGUCCUACCGCUGGACUUCGGUGUUGUGUGAAAAUAAGGAGCAUUGUGAGGACAGGAACCACUCACGGCACCACCCGGCGUGUGAACAGCUAAGAAAUGCGUGUCAACGGGAGGCUUCUAUCUAGAUACCAGAGGCAGACGGUGUGUCUCGUAGGCAAAGUCCUGCAGUGCGAGCCCCAGGGCAUGUCGUUCAAGAUGGAGUCCCCAGACAAGCUGGUCGUCAAAGUGAUCAUGAAGAAUCCAAUUCAAGAACCACUGGAAGGCAUCAUAGAGGUAAUUGGUGAAGUCACUGCUAAGUCAGAGAUUGUCUGCGAAACUUAUGUGCUCUUUCCGCCUGCAGUGAUGAAGAACUUUGACAUGGAAAAUUACAAUGCUGUUGUUGAGGAAGUACAGAAUUCCAAGGAUUAUUACCAAACUAAGGCCCCUGCAUAACGUCAUCAUGCAUUCAUAGCACUUUAUUCAUGCUUUUUUUUUUUUGCAGUGACAAGGGCUUGUUGGGCCCUUGUAACGGAACUUUUGUAUUGCAGUGUCAGCACUGCAGGAAGUGAACAUUUUGUUUGUUUUUCUGCAAAGUGAAACAAUUGACAUAAUAAUUUUUUGCAUGUAUCUCUUAUGCUGUAUAUCUUAUUAUUCAAGUGCUACGCACUCACCUGGAUAGAUCAGGAGGAGGAACACGGUGAAAUAUAAAUGUAAAAUAAAUGAAUACAAUGAAUGGCAUCAUAAUAAAUUGAAAUGAUCUAUGAAUUUAAUAAUAAGUUCUACUCUCACGAUUCUUGCAACUCGUCCCACUCUUUUGUAGACUUGGUGGAUUCUAGUGUUUGUAUAUGUGAAGUCACAUAGCUCCUAUGUCAUUUUUUCAGGAUAUUCGUGAGGAUUUAGGGCAAAAAAUAACCAGCACUUUCACUGUCCCCACAACGUUUCGGCACGAGUGGAGACAUAUGAAGUUCCUUAGUACUAAGUGCCUAAGAACAAUGGAUAUACUAAAAAUAUUGUCACACACAACACAGAGAAGUGACGGGAAGUGCUUAAUGGAUCUAUACAGGAGUAAUGUGAAGACACGUUCGGGCUAUAAAAGUGUGGUGUAUCACCCUGGGACACCAAAAACGCUGACAAUCCUUGGUCGGAUCUAAUGUUUGGGCAUCUGCCUAGCCACUGUUGCCUUCAGGACGAGCCGCGUUCAAAGUCUCUACGUAGAAUCAAAUUAUUGGUCAUUCGGUUUUCAACCGUCAUGCAAUACAUAUUUUCCCAAAGGGAAUGCACAAUUAGACCACUCUGCUUAUUUCACUGUGAAGGGUACUCGAUCUUCCAGACUCAAUCGAUCUACAGUGAAAGAGCCUUUCUCACUUGAAGUCAAGAAGCUCACUGAAAAACGAAUGUCUCGAUUUUUACUCUCUGAAUGAUGCCUCUGGGGAGAUCAUUCCCAUCAUGGCAGUGUCAGCGAAUUGACUGCUACAUAUCCUUCAUUAAAACCUCCAAGCAUGCGCCACAACCACACAUACGUAUGCACUUUCUUGAACUGCAGGCAAAGUACUUCUGUUCCGAGUUUUUCACUGUUGCUUCCAAGUCGCCUGCCGGCGUACAUUGUGCUGGGAUUGGGAGUUCAUUUACAGACUCUGCUACUCUACACCCAGAAACAAGCAUCUUCACAGCAGAAGCUAUUGCUCUGUUGACUGCUGUGAAACAUAUCGGCCAGGAUAAGUUGGAAAAAUCAAUUAUAUGCACCAUCAUUUCUCUCCAAAAGAAUAAAAACCUCAAAGUGAUGGAACUGUUUGUUUACUUUGUACUAUGUAUAUAUCCGGCCAAUAUAUUUUGUUGUGCUGUGUGCCUGGACAUAAAGACUGCAAAUAAAUGUCUUAGCCCAU